UAACCAAAAAACAUGGAUCUUGAAAUAGCGUGUAAGUUACAGUAGCGGCGAUAGGAAGCACGUAGUAGUGAAUGUGAACGUGUGUGUAGAGUACAAAAUGAUCACGAACUGAAAUAUGAACUGAAACUUAGAACAAGUAAGAUCCACGUGGACCCCACUUAACAAAAAAUCUUGUUUCCCAAUUUCACAAACUCAACUCCAAUUUUUCCUUUGCUUUUCUUUUCUUCCUUUCCUAAUUUCUCUUCUCUCAUCUUCAUCUCCAAUCCAAUCCAUUCCAAUUCUCAUGGAUUCCCUUCCUUCCGUCUCGCCCUCCAUGGUCCUCCCUCCUAGCCACCCUUUCCCCGCUCCCUCCGCGCUUCCCUCUCUGCCCGAACCCGAACUCUCGCCGCCGCCCACCUGUCCGUCUCCGCACACUCGCCGGCGACGGCAACCGACGACGACCUCGCAAAGGGCUCUCCACAUGGACGGCGCCAUUUAUUCCAGCCACCCAACGAGUUUUGUCAAACGCGUCUCCUCACCUCCUACGACAUCGCCGCAACCUCCAGCUGCGUCCUUCGAUUCAGCAGCUUAUUCAGUUUUAGAUGCCAACCCUUGGAGAGAGACUUCGAAGCCGUGUGAUGUACUCACGCAAAAGGAAAAUCAAUUGUGCACAAUGAAGACCCGCAGAAAUAGAAGGUUGGUGAGGGUUGAAAUAGAACUGGGAAUUGUUGUUUUCUAAGGAGGCAAGUGGGGAUCUGGAAUUGGAAAUCAGUCCAAACAGGCGAGGGGAGGGACUACUAAGUUUCAAAUGCUUGUGGAAGAUGUUAGAGAGGGAGUACUGGUAUUUGAAGAUGAAAAUGAGGCAGUAAAGUAUUGUGAACUUCUAGAAGGCGGUGGUCAGGUUGUGAGGGUGUUUGCCGAGAUAGAAGCCUCAUCGGUACAAAUAACUGACCAAUUAUCAUUUGUCAUGUUCUUUUUCUGUUGCUUGGAAACAAUGUACCACAACAUUUGCUAUUGUUCUUGCAGUAUUUUGAUCUUUGGCCAGAAAAUGAGGGCUCUUGCAGUUCUAUUCCGCAGAGGGAGGACACCUCCUCUUCCUGAAAGUCUUAAACUCAAUCUGCGAGCUCGUAAAAGGUUCCUUGAAGAUCAAGAUGAUUUGAUGUGAAAUUCAUAUUCCCUUUUGAUGAGAGCAAGCAUCUGUGCUAAUUGCUAAUAUUCUUAGCCCCAACGGAACAAAAAUAAUGUAUUUCA